GACUUGUCUCCGGACUUUGGUUGUUCCCGCUUGGGCAACUUUUCCAAGACUUGGCAAGCCGCACACCUUCGUGUGUGAGUACAAAACCUAGCCCCGUCGUCGUGAAGCAGCAGAGCAGCGCAGGAUCAGCUGAAAAAUUUCGCCAAAACCCGUGUAAAACCGAAAAGACGAUCAAAGUUACGCAUCAGCGGCAACAGGCUUAUUGAAUUAUUUAGAUCAAUUUUUUACGAAGCCAGAUCCUCCUCACCGCGCCGACAUCGUAGAAUGGUAGAAGGUGAAACCGACACAAAACACAAUCAUAAGUGUGAUGUAAAAGACGAUCGUUUGAACGGCUGCGGUUCAAAAGACCUAGAACUUGCCGGACUUGGGUCAAAGGAUAAACCUCUAGACCCAGAAAAAGGAUCCUACUUAAAAGCUGAUUUUGAGAAGGCAAUCGAACUUACCGGGUAUGGCAAGUUUCAUUACUUCCUACUCGCAGUAUGCGGGUUCGUCAGUACGAGCGAGGAGAUGGACGUAAUCUCCAUGUCCUUCAUCCUUCCAAGUGCACAAUGUGACCUAAAGUUGACAACCGAAGCCAAGGGAUGGCUCAGCUCCAUCAUCUUCAUCGGAAUGAUGGCGGGUGCUUAUGCGUGGGGUUCUGUUGCAGAUGCCCUGGGCCGACGCAAAGUACUAAUCGUCAUUUCAUUCAUGAAUGCCCUAUGCAUCGUUGCAUCUAGCUUCAGCCAGUCCUACGAACUCUUCAUGUUCUUCCGUUUUCUUAACGGAGCUGCCCUUGGGGGCAGUGGGCCGGUCAUCUGGUCGUACUUUGCAGAGUUCCAGCCAAAAUCCAAACGUGGAUCUAUGUUAUCAUUUAUGGCUGCUUUCUGGACGCUGGGCAAUUUGUUCGUUGCCGGUUUGGCAUGGCUGAUCAUCCCUCACAACAUCGGUAUUACCAAUGAAUCGUUCACAUUCAAUUCUUGGCGAAUUUUCCUGCUGAUCUGCGCUGCUCCCUCCUUCAUAGUGGCGGGGCUACUCCUGCUCCUGCCUGAAUCCCCUAAAUAUUUAUUAUCUCGCGGAAGGUACGAGGAAGCCCUCGAUAUUUUCCGUGGCAUUUACGCCACCAACACCGGCAAACCCCGUGAUACUUACACGGUUAAGGAACUAAUUCUCGAUGAUUUCAUCGCACCGGCACCAGUCAAAUCUGGGACCGAUGAAAAGAGUAAAUACAAGAUGAUGCUUGGUGAUAUUCUCGACAAUAGUAAACAACUAUUCGCCUCACCAAUUCUACGCUUCACCAUGAUAUCAAUUUUCAUCAACUUCACAUUCCAUAUUGGUUACUACGGUUUGAUGAUGUGGUUCCCAGAGCUGUUCAAUCGUUUUGACAAAUACGCCAAGCACAAUGAUAAUCGCGAAGCUCACAUCUGCGAAGUCACUGACUUCUACUUGCGAGAUAGGGAAGCUAAUUACGCGGUUGAUGGACCCUGUAUUAAUACCAUCGGGGAAUCUGUCUUCGUAGAGUCCAUCAUCACCGUUGCAGCUGCUAUUCCUGCUAACAUCAUUGCUGUUCUUGGAAUGGAUCGUUUGGGGAGGAAGUUUUUCCUCGUCUUCAGUACUCUCUCCGCGGGCUUGUGCUCGAUGAGUCUCUACUUCGUCUACAAUAAACUCCAUAAUCUCCUUGUAUCGGCGUUCUUUAGUGGUGUUAUAAGCUGUGGUAACGCGGCACUAGAUUGUCUUAUAACCGAAGUCUUUCCCACAAACUUACGUGCCACUGGUAUCGCUAUUUCCAUGGUCGCAGCCAGAUUAGGUGGCAUCAUUGGAAAUAUUGCUAUAGCACAACUCCUGGACACGUGGUGUGGAGCAUCAACCUUCAUUGUUGCUGGACUUCUCAUUGGGGGUGGUUUAUUAUGUCUCUUCCUACCAAACACCACUCGCGAGCCACUUUCCUGACACCUGAUCGUUCCAGAAUAAACCAGCUCUACCUGAUAAUUCCAUGUAUAGUCACAAUGCAUUUUUCUAGCGAAUAAAACAAUAAUUCUCCACAAAAGAAGAUAGCGAAUUAUCGAAGGGAAAACAUUCUCCAGAGUGGAAGAAUCAUCAAUUGCCCAGUUGAACCAUAGUAGAGACAUUGGUAGAAUAUCCUAGUAUUACUAUUGAGCGCCAUCAGGAAGCGAUAACCCAGAGGCGCCUAAUCAUGAAAAACCGAACUGAAUUGUGAUGAGGGAAUAAUGAAAAAAAUAUAUAUAUUUAUAGUGCGCCAGUGCUGCUCAACGUAUGAAUCAUGAUAUCGCCCAUAGUAGCUAAAUAUCUCCAAUGUUUUGUAUUAUCUGUUCCCUGUAUUAAUCAUUCAGUUAUUUUAGAUGUAAACAGUGGCUAUUGUUACUCGGUGGAUCACACUGAGUUACUUUACGAAUGAAAUAAAACAGAAAAAUAAAUAGAAUAUUAUAACGUGAUGAAGAAAAA